AUGGCCGUCCCAUCCGGCUUCGCAGUGUCCGAAGAUAUUUCAAGGCUUUCGCUCGAGCAAGGGCGUGAACCCCCACAUCCGCCGCCAACCAAUCCACCGGGCAACGGCAUUGUAGCUUUUGAUAUCACAUCAAAGUUCAUAGCAGCUGCCGAAACGCUCCCCCCCGGUGAGCUGGUCAAGGAUGGCUUCUUCACGCUGUUUGAGUCCGUUGGGGCUCUCGAGAUCAUGGACCCAAAAAUGGAUAGUGGGUGUUUAGAGGCGGAGGACUCGCUCGAUGUCGACUACGAUGUGUCACGCCCCCUCCUCCCUGAAGAAGUUCUUGGCAUAAUUGACCAGUUGCUUUGCCAUGAGAUGUCAUGGCACGUUGGCUACCCUCUCUCUCAGACUCUGUUCACAAGUGUCUACGUUGAGUCAAUUCUCAUGCCCAAACCGGCCACCAUCGACGAUGCACAUUUCAUUAAGAACGCCAACGGCACACCGCCAUCACCGAUGCAUACCAUCCUCCGAGCAUAUUGCUUAGGACUGCUGAAGACAUGCGGAAAUGUUAAUGAGAGAAUCAAGAACGAGCAUUUCUAUGAGGAAGAAGAUUUCGUUACGAAUACCUACAACAGGGUUUUACUCGACGAUUUCAGCAUUGACUCCAUACGCGAAAUCCUCAAGGAGGCAAGCUUUGUCUUGCGGCAGCUCUCGGACUCGGUGUCACAAGACAUCAUUGACGCUCUCCACACCAGGCUGCUCUUCAGGUACACGCUCCUGGCAGCGAUCGACCACACCCAGUAUCGGACGGAACCGGACCGUAUUAGGAGUCCCUGGAAAGAGGCCCAUGAUAUGUUACCGAGCAUCAAGAGCACUCACGCGCUGGGAAACCCUGUUCCAGAGGCUUGUAGUGCCAAGCUUCAACGCAAACUCGCCAGCACGAUGCCUCCGCGACCCAUUGUUGAGAUCAGCUUUGACGACGCCUUUGGGCACCUGACGAAGAUCAUCAGCGACGGCCUUGAGGUUAUAGGGGUCCUCGACUAUACCGACUCCAUCUGCCUUCAGACAUACGUGACGACCUUUCAAGCGAGGAAGCCUCAGCCCCUGAUCUUUGUCCGCACUCUCCUCCAAAGCUUCUUAUUCAAGGACAUGGAGGUCCUUGGCCACAAGAGCAUCCGCCAACUUCUCGACGACGACUUCUCCAUCGUCUCCCUGCCCAAUAGCCCACUUCUUGACCGCGACAAUGACGAGAUCGAAGCCAUCCAAGACCCGCGCUUCACCAUCGCGAACCAGAUGGAGGUCUUUCGUCAGCGCGCCGCCCAGCCCUAUCUCGAUAUCCUGCGCACUUUCUGUCAAAACCGGUGUCGCGUGCGCAGGACCCUCUGCCAUAUCGUGCGCGACUGGGAGAACCUACAGUUCGACGCUGAAGAUAUCGACCAGAUCAUCCAACAGGAGACCAAGGAGCAGCCCCUGGUCUACCAGUCUGCCUCUGGGCCAGUCGAGACGUGGUCUCUGCCGCUGUCGUCGUGGGCGUACCUGUACAAGGUGAAGCAGAUGGAGUGGAUCGUCCAGCUCGGUUUCGAGCUCGAGGUCUACCAGCCGGACGAGUUGGCAGGCAUGUACUGGUACCUGAACUACCUGGCCAAGAACCGCCUCCAGCACGUGGAGCGCAUAAAGUCCUUUGUCGUCCUGAGCCUCAACCAGGCUUGCUCGGGCAGACAGCGUCUCACGCCGACCGCGGAAUCGCAGUACACAAAGUCUCUGGCCUUUCUCCGCCUGGCGCUUCUGGAUGCUGCAGCCACCGAAGGCGUCUCCGACGCUCUUUGCUGUCUCUACACGGUCCUCCACCGCCUCGGGCUGAUCAAACCCCCUCCGCGACCCUAUAGCACCGAUGAGCUCCGUUACGAACUGCGGAUGAGGCCCUUCUCCAUCAUCGGUCUACCAUCCCUGCCGACCUUUGAGGAGUUUACCAUCGGAACCCUGCAGACAGAGUGCCCAAGCGCCGAACUGUUAGACCUAGCCGACCGCGCCAUUGCCGGCGCUAAAAAGGGCUUCGAGGUCAUGAGCAAACUUCCCGAGGCGGAGGCCUUCUCGAUCGGAUCACAUGACCGCUGGCUACCGUCUGUCAAAAACGGGCUGAAGUCGUGCAUUGCCACGGGCUUGGCCGUCUCGGCUAUCCGAAAGGCGCUAGACAAAUGGGGCGAAGGCGGCGGGGAUCUAAAGCUCAAGGCCGAGGUGCCGACUCCCGACAAGUCGUAUCACGAGUGGUGGAUCGUCCCGCGAAUUAUGCCUGUCCGAUGA